ACAAGCGCCGGGACGUGUACAUAGCCGGCUUCUUCCCCUACGGCCGCCACAUCCCCGAGAGCCGCGUGGGGCGCGGCGUCAUGCCGUCCGUCAUGCUGGCCGUCGACCACAUCAACGAGAGCCCCAACGUGCUGCGCAACUACAUGCUGCACAUGUACUGGAACGACACGGAGAAAUCAAAACAAAAUUUGAAAUUUAUUCAGAAAUGUUAUUUCUGCAAUUCUUUGAGGGAAACUUUGAAACAUCUAUCAGUUGUGUCGACGCCCAAAUCUGCUGAAUAG